AUGGAACGGCCCAGGGCUGCUUUCUGGGAGCUCCAUCGGAAGCUCGGCGAGAGCUUCGAUGCCGAAAUGACGGCGCUGAGGGAGGAGCUCACGAGCCUGAAGCGCCUUCAGACGUCUCUGAGCGAGGAGCAUGUCACUCCUAUCGACGAUUCUGCCAUUGCACGGCAGAAAUCACCGGUCUCAGGCGAUUCUUUCCGCUCACGGUUAUCGCCCCAUGGCCCACCUCCGCCAGAGGAAGAGAUACAGUUUCUGGAAAGUCUUGGUGAUGUCAGCCCUGACACCAGCAACCGAUGGAGCUCGACGUCGUUUGCGGACGACCUCCGUGUGGCGCUGGGUAGCCGAGCCGACGUCCGACGCAUUGUGCAGCAGCAAACUCAAGGCACAUUCGGCCGCAUAGAUGAGGACUCGAUUGGCGGUCGCAUCUCUGGCACUGGAGGUGACGAGAAUCACUUCGAGUUCAAGCUCCGUGAGUUCUGGCAUCGGGCGGUGGACGAAGAGCCGCUUGCCGAGGGCCCCAGCGGACCCAGCGGCGGUCGCAAGCACAGCAGCAGUGCUCAAAUGGUUUUUCCGGAUUCGUCGAAAGCGAUCAUAGGAGGAUCUGCGCGGGAGUCCGUGCUGCCCUUCAUCCAGCAUCCCGGAAGUCCUCUCCGGGCCUGGUGGGAUGUUCUGGGGAUGACCUUGCUCACCUUUGACAUAGUCGUGAUCCCGCUGCGCUUCUUCGACCCACCGGAGACCCUCGUCCUGGUGAUCAUGUCCUGGGUGACACAGCUAUUCUGGAACUUGGACAUCCUUGUCUCCUUCAUUACCGGCUACUACCACAAGGGCAUCCUGGUGCUCGACCUCAGACGCAUCGUCAAGCACUAUGCGACCACGUGGUUUCCUUUCGACGCUACCGUCGUGGGAAUCGAUUGGCUUCUUUAUGGCCUAGAGGGGCGGAAUCAAACCGCUGGCGUGGCCCGUCUUUCGAAGACGGUACGAAUCCUUCGAUUCUUGCGCUUGGUCCGCCUUGCCAGGCUCGCGAAGGUCAGUACCAUGGUGGAAGCUCUCCAGGAGCAGAUCAACUCACAAGUGGCAACCAUCCACUACAGCAUCUUCAAGAUCAUCGGCCGGAUGAUGCUGCUGAAUCACGUGAUCGCUUGCUCCUGGUGGGGCAUCGCGCAGCUGGACGAGGGCCAGCCAAACUGGAUUUCCGAGAACCAGCUGGAGGGCCGCUCCAUCGAAUACCAGUACAGCACUGCGCUGCAUUGGUCUUUAACCCAGCUUGGCGUGGGGCAGACGAACAUAGAGGCAGUCAACUUUGCCGAGCGACUGUUCUCCAUCUUCAUCACUUUCUGUGCGUUGAUCACCUUCUCCACGCUGGUGAGCUCGGUCACGUCUCUGAUGGCCAGUCUCCAGCGCCUCAAGACCGAGGAGAUCGAACAGUUCCGGUCUCUUCGGCGCUUCCUGGUGCAGAACGAGAUUCCCGCGGACCUCGGGCAUCGUGUUACGCGCUUCCUGCAGUACACCUAUGCUUUGAGGCACGAGGCGCUGAGCCUGGAUGUUCACCUGCCCAUCCUCAACCUGUUGUCCAAGCCCUUGCAAGCGGAACUCCAACUGGCUAGAUACCGAGAGUGUCUGCGCGAGUGCGCCUUCUUUGACCGACUGUUGCAGCACGACAGCUUCCACGUGGUCCGGGUGCUUCGGGAGGUGGCCACGGGCGCCCUUCUCAGAGAUCUGAGACAUUCUGAGACGGAGGGACUCCGCUGUGAGCGAAGUUCGGCGAGACUUAUGGAAACGCAGAAGGAUUUUGGAGGUCCAGGAUCUCAGUUUAAAGGGCGGUUCUGUGUCUCGGAGUUCGUUUUUCAGUUUCAGGGCGUCAAUGUUCCGGUCUUCAGACGUCCAAGAGCUGUUGGUAUUCUCAGGUUCCCUGGAUGGUUCUUGCAAUGUCUUGACCCCCGGCUCGGGAUACUUUUGUUAUUGUUUUUGGGUCGGUUUCGGAUCCACGUGGUUGACAUGCCGAACUUGCCAAGAAGAUCUGCUGGCUUCCUGCGCGAACGUCUUGACCAUGCUGGUCAGAUCUGGUCAUCAUGGGCGAGGUCACCUGUGGUGAGGAGCUUGACGACGACGACGACAACGCCGGCCGCAACUAUCUUCGUCGGCAGAAGAAAAACAGAAGUAUUCAGCAACAGGACGGGGCAUGCUGUACUCCACUGUUCUGGCGGCGGGUGA